CUGUUGUCUAUUUACGUUUUGCGUUUCAUGUGGCUCGUUCGACUGAAAACCUUCAACUGCUUCAACCGCUCUCAAUGGAACAACAGUGCGACAAAAUGGCAGACGUGAAAGCCCUGGAACAUCCAACUCUAAAGGUGCCUUACGAAAUUUUGAAUAAAAAAUUUCGCACGGCGCAGAAAACGCUCGAUCGCGAAGUCUCGCACGUCCAGACGGCCGCAGCGGAUAUCGAAAAGGGUAUCGUGACGGGCAACAUUCCGCCCACUGAUCUUACCAAACUGCUCGGCGGUAUGGUGGAGAAACUGCAAGUCCUCAAACGUAAGGCCGAGGAGAGCAUCGCCGAAGAACUCCAGGCUACAAACGUGGUCAAAAAACGUAUUGAGCAUCUCAAAGGGCACGCGACUGUGACUUCCAGCGGGACUGUUAGCCAGGGCGCGUUGAAUCAGUGGCGACGUCAACGUCUCGACCGAAUGAUUAUCGAAUAUUUUCUACGCAAUGGUUAUUACAAUGCCGCGUUGAAACUCGCUGAUAAAUCGAAUAUCAACGACUUGACCAAUAUUGAGAUAUUUUUGACCUCCAGAGAGAUUGAGAAGAAUCUCCUCAACCAUAAUACUAUUAAGUGUUUGCAAUGGUGCCAUGAAAACCGAUCAAAAUUGAGAAAACUCAAGUCCAAUAUGGAGUUCAAUUUGCGCGUGCAGGAAUUUGUUGAAUAUAUUAGAGGGGAUAAUCGAAUGGAUGCCAUUAGACACGCGAGGAAAUAUUUCCCCUCCUUUGAGGAGGAACACUUGGAGACAAUCAGAAAGGUUAUGGCCUUAUUAGCAUUUCCUAUAAGCACUGAAAUCGUCCAGUAUAAAAAGUUACUAGACAUUCAUCGCUGGGAUGAGCUGAUUGAAGAGUUCCGCCAGGAAAACUACAGAUUAUAUCAACUCGCGUCCCAAUCAGUCUUCACAGUGGCCUUGCAAGCUGGUUUAUCAGCACUGAAGACACCUCAGUGUUACACAGUGAACUGCGAGAGCAGAAACCCGGAGUGUCCGGUUUGUCAGAAUUACCUGAACAAACUGGCGGAAGUCUUGCCGUACGCACAUUGCUCACAAUCCCGGCUGUAUUGUUUCAUCAGCGGCUUGCCAUUGAACGAAAAUAAUCUCCCAAUGAUGCUCCCGAAUGGUUAUGUUUACGGUGAACAGGCACUGGAACAAAUGGCACGCGAAAACAAUGGCUUGGUAAUCUGUCCGAAAACAAAAGAGAGCUACCCGUACAAGAAGGUAGAGAAAGUCUACGUGAUGUAAAAUAUAUCACAGCUAUAAGUUUAUGAAUGUGAGUGCAAGUGUAAAAAAUGUGAUUCUAGACUCGAUAAGAUUUUUUCAGAAUAUUAUUUCUUCCAUGACUUUUUAUUUUUAACGCUGUCAAUAAUUCUUGACUGGCAACUAAGUUUUCAUUUGAAAUGUUUAGAAAGUAGAUUUAAGUUGAAACAAAAAAAAAACUAAGGACAUAUUGUAUAAUAUAAGUAAUGCCUAUUUGAAAUCUUGAGAUUUAAGCAGAUUUAAGAAGUAAAAUAAAAAUUUAGACGAAA